GUUAGCCCACCAAACCACGUGGGACGUUAUACUCGACGGCUUCAUUGAACGAGCUCACAAUCAGAGAGUACCAGGAAGACAGAGGGAGAACUGUGCUGAAAGAACAAUGGGAGUAGACGUCGAAACCCUCAGACCAGGAGACGGAAAGACUUUUCCGCAGAAAGGAUCGAUGGUUUCAGUGCAUUAUGUCGGCACCCUGACAAACGGCAAGAAGUUCGACUCCUCCAGGGACCGAGGAUCACCCUUCCAGUUCAAACUGGGCGCAGGUGAAGUCAUCCGUGGUUGGGAUGAAGGUGUAGCUCAGAUGAGCCUGGGCCAGGUGGCCAAGCUGACCUGCUCUCCGGACUACGCAUAUGGCAGCAGAGGAUAUCCACCCAUCAUCCCUGCAAAUUCCACUCUUAUCUUUGAAGUGGAGCUUCUGAAAUGCUGAGGGUUUAAAUUGAGUGUUACUGUUCAUUUUUUCCUCAUCUUUUCCAUCCACAUUUAACAGUUUGAUCAAAGGUGCUGUCAUUAUCAUUCACAAACACUGAUUAAUUAUUGUAGAAAGAAUUUAAGAUGUACUUGAGACAAAUGAGACCAGGCGAAUAAGCGUCUUAGAUUGGGUAGCGAGAUGAUUGUAAAGUCUCUAAAAUUUCAAGUAGUAGUAAAACAAUUUGGGGAAAUACUGGUAGCUUUCUUACUGGAAGUCGGAUGACAUCAAUAAUACUUCUCUUUGUUUAAUAAAUAUGAAAAACCCAGCUUAAGUCCAGAAUCAAGAGUGCUUUAUCUUGUGAUUUUUAAAUAAAAUUAUUUCAGUGGUUUCUUUCUUUGACCAUACUCAAUCUCUCCAAUGAACUGACCAAUAGGUUCUGGGUUUUUUUUCUCAUUCUGCUGUAGAACAGCACUGAAAAUCUAACUGUAAUUAGUGAUCUAGAGGUGUUGGUAAAUGGGUUUACUGACUUUUAAACAGUAGGUUCAUGUUCACCAAAUGCAUAUGAGCAAUAUUGAUCUCAUCUCACUUUAUGUAGAAAGUCGUUACCAAAAAAAACCUGUUUAAUAGGUUUCAGAUGAAACCUUAAACUGUGGCAUUGGAUGAAAAAAAUCAGUAUUAAAGGAUACGAUUGCUGAAUCUGGCCAGUUUAUGUUGGUAACCUGAACAUGACAAUUUAAUGCAGUCUUGGUUGCUAAGUGAACUUUAUUUAGCCUAUUUUUUUCCUGCCACUUGCCUGUUGAAUUUUUAAGUUACCUGUUAAUUAUCUGCAUCUUAGCUAUUACUAAACGCAAAGGGCACACGAUAAAGCGCAAAAAAAAAGACGAGUACCAUUUCAAAACAUGUUGGAUAUCAGUCCUUUUUAGGAAAUGUUCAUAUUAUUCAAGCGUUUUUAAAGUAGUGUGGUAAUCCCUGUCAAAAAUGCACAUAUAACACCUUUUAGUGAAUAUAUUUUUUUCUGAGUAGAUUUAUCCCUUCAAUAAAAGCGUUGAUUUGACAGCUUAAACAACUGAGAAAAUGGGAAACUCUUUCUUUGUUUGGAAAUAGUAAUGCAUGGUGACCUGUUCAGUUUCAAACCUAAUCAUGCCAUUUAUAUUGUUGGUUACAUUUUACGAAACCUGUUCUCCUUUAACUUUCCUCCUGUAUCUUUUGAAGUUACAAAGUGUCCUUGUCUUUUGUCAUAAUACAGUCACAUUACUGGUAGUGGGGUUUUUUCUUCACUGUAUCAUCCAUUGGAAUUUGUCUUAUGUUUGGAAACUGCAUUCUUGAAUUAAAAGCGUAAACUACAAA